AUGGCCCAUCAAGGUAACAAACUGGAGCUAUUCGCCCACACCACAGAGCCUGUCGCCCGGGAAGCGCCCGUUAUCCCGCUGCCUCCCCCACAUGCCUCGUCUUCAUUGAGGCCCAUUCUCGUCAACGACGUCCUCUACUGUCGCAUCGAUCCAUCUUAUGGCUACACCCAUGCUCUCAGGUUUACUCCUGCGUCUCUUGCUACCAUGCAUAUAGUCAUAGAGUUGGCGCCUCCUACCGCAGGAUCUGGCUCUCAGACAUCGCGCGAUCUCCCUCGUCAAACCCCAGCAUCUGAGCGCCCGCGACGCUCAUCCAAUGACCUGGGAUACGAUCUCCCAGUCAGCGACUUUGAUGGUCGCGAAGAGCUCGAGAUUACGGCUGCUGUGGCACUUCCUGUAGCCGUCCGUCCCCUUCUCAGUGACGCGAACACAUCCCGCACGACCUCAGAGGUUCCUCUUGGCUUCGACAUCACCCCACUUUCGGGUUCGAUGGAUUUACCCAAGGCCCAGCAUAUCAUGUACAAGCGGUAUCCACCCGGAGCGCAGCGUCAGCAGCCAGAUAGUUCUGGCGGUACGGCUGCUAGAGUGGCAGAUCAGGCAUUGGGGACGCGUUCAGGCAUACAGUCUACCAGCCCGCCGCCUUCCCAUUCCAUCCGUCACCGCAAGGAGAAGGUAAACGUUCGCUCAGAAUACCUGCGCAGAUCAAAGAGGAUCGCAAAUCGAUCCUGCGGCCGUCUCAGGGUAUGA